AUGAUGAGAGCGAAAUUCUUCCAGCAAUUUCCUCCAUUUCUCCUACGAUAUUCUACUAACGCUGUUUCUAAGACAGCCACAAUGCAUCUGAAAUAUGAACAUUUAUAUAAAUUAGAAAAACCCCCUGCAGAAUCCUCAACCAUAAGUCUGGAGGAAGCCACUACAGCACUUAAGAUGAUGAUGUACAUCCGUCGGAUGGAGAGGAAGGCAGCUGAGCUGUAUCUGGCACGUCUCAUAAAUGGCUUCCUCCAUUUAUAUUCAGGACAGGAAGCCGUGGCAGUUGGUCUUAAGAUGUCCCUCGACGAUGGUGAUUCGGUAAUAACGGCAUACCGUUGUCACGGAAUCGCGUGCGUCUUCGGAGUGUCUGCCAGAGACGUGUUGGCCGAAUUAAUGGGACGUAAAACUGGAGUCGCGAGUGGCAAGGGGGGAUCAAUGCACAUGUACGCGAAGGGCUUUUACGGUGGAGAUGGGAUAGUGGGGGGACAGGUUCCAAUCGGAGCGGGAAUCGCUUUUGCCCAUAAAUACAAAGGCGAGCCCAACGUCUGCUUCGCUCUCUAUGGGGACGGUGCAGCCUCUCAAGGCCAAAUCCACGAAGCCUGGAAUAUGUCCAAGUUGUGGAAUCUCCCGGCGGUAUUCAUUUGCGAGAAUAAUCGGUACGGAAUGGGAACUUCUGUAGACCGUCACUCUGCUAAUCCCGCGUUUUACACGAGAGGAGAUUGCAUUCCGGGAAUUAAGGCAAAUGGAAUGAAUCUCCUAGAAGUCCGCGAAGUCUGCAAAUUCGCUCGCGAUCACGCCUUGAAGAGUGGCCCAAUAAUCCUGGAAUUCGAGACUUAUCGUUACUUCGGGCACAGCAUGAGUGACCCUGGGACUGCAUAUCGCACGCGUGAGGAGAUAAAAGGCGUGCAGGAGAGCCAGGACCCGAUAGAGUUAUUCAUCAAAUUCUCAAUCGACCAACAGCUAAUGACGGAACCUGAAGUUGCGGAGCUGCGAAAAUCCACGAAUAAACAAGUGGACGCUGAACUGGAGCAAGCGAAGGUUGACCCCUGGCCAGAGCCCGAAGACAUUGCGUCCUCCAUGUACGUGAAACCCCUCGAGAAAGCGCGUGGAAAGAUCCCGUGGGAGUUUCACUAA